UGAUAUGGCUCUUUGUGUCGCAUGGGUACGCGAAUUUAGCUGAACUAAACUCAAAUCGAAAAGAAAAGAAUCAAAAUUUGCUGCGUUCAUUUCUUAUUUGAACUCGAAUAGGAAGAACAACGAUGGCGUGCUUACAUGAUCACAGUUGCGAAGACCACGAUUGUUCCACCGAUUGGUCUCUAUACAAGCACAUCGACCUCUCCAAGGUAUCUGCUUUGAAUGAGGCAAGACCAGGAAGUGUUAAGUCAGUUUUUAAAGCUUGGGAGGAGCGUCUGAAUUCUUCUGGGGAACACUUGGAAAGCAAUGAGGGUGAUCCUGAGUUACUUGUUUUCAUUCCAUUUACUUCAGAUGUCAAAAUCAAAAGCAUAUCCAUAGUAGGCGGAGCUGAUGGGACAAGCCCUGCUAAAAUGAGAGCGUUUAUCAAUCGAGAUGGAAUUGACUUUUCAGAUGCACAAAGCAUGCAAGCCAUUCAGGAAUGGGAUUUGGCUGAGAAUAUGCAAGGAGUAUUGGAAUACCAGACAAGAUAUUCAAAAUUUCAAAGUGUGGGAAAUAUUACGCUGCACUUUCCUGACAAUUUUGGAGCCGAUACAAGCAAAAUCCACUAUAUUGGCCUUAAAGGCGAAGCCACUCAGUUAAAAAGGGAUGUGGUUGCAACUAUUGUUUAUGAGGUUAUGCCAAAUCCUUCUGAUCACAAGACGCGUGCUGAAACUGGUGGUGGUUUUUCGCAUGUCGAAUAAGCACGGCUAAUUGGCUAUGGUGUUAUUUACUCACAGGAUAACCAUCUGAAAUCAACUAGCUUACCCCCAUCAUAUUUUCUCCUUUCUUGGGACAAAAGAGUACAGUUGGAUAAUUACAAUCUAAGUUGAAGAAAUAACUUUGAUAUAUACAUUUCAUGAGAUUCUGUGACACAGACUUGUUGAUCUGGAUGAUGGAAUGUAGGAUAGUACAAAUCCUACACAUCAUGAAGAAUAUGGCCUUUCGGCAAAAAGCUAAGGAAAAAGGUUGGAAUAUGAAUUUCAAUUUUAUGUAA